AGGCAACGGUGCCAUGUCGCGUUUUAUAAACUUCAUUACCCAUAACUCCUUUGGGUUGGACGUGCCCACUGAUGCGUGCCGUUAUUUUCCCAUGACAGCUUGCAAGCUGCAAAUACAGCAAGCUCAGGACUUGUAUUUAUGAUUAAAUGCAUCCUAAAAUUACCCACUAUCAAUAUUUAGCCGUGAAGAUAAAAAAAAGUUUGAUUAGAGAGUCACAAAUAAAGGAAGGAGGUAAGCCUGUUUCCCGCUGAUAAACAUAUCAUACAUGUCAUAUUUGAUAAGGAAGUUGUGACCCACGGAGUUACAAGACCACAGGGGAAAACUGUGGCUUGUUUGACAAAAUAACACAGCUUUUCUCUCGAUGAAUAUGAGACCAGAUGGUGGCCUAGCUCAGUUUGAGUUGCCCUCCCCCACUCACCAUCCAUUGCUCCAUGGGACCUUUAAGUAGUCGCACCGGCUCAUUGCUUGUAUAACGCACAAGUGCAUCAAUACACAUAACAUGCGCUUUCAUUGUCUACUUUGCACACAUCCAGAAUGUCACAAAAAUCCCCGGUGCAUUGGAUGCCUGAGUCUUCAGUCUGGGUUUAUUCUCUUAAAAUCCCACCACUAUCACAUGGCAAUUACAGAAAAGACACUAUACAAAAUACAAUAUAACGGCAUGCAACUGUGCCACGUAGCAGUUCAGAAUCAAUAUAUUUUUCUCAAAAGAUCAAAAAAACUUGAACAAUUUCAUUGAAACACAUCAUAAUACAAGCAGAUGCUGGCUCACGACUGAUGUGUUUUACUUGUUCAAGUUGACUGGAACAGCUUGUGCCAUGACCAAGUAAUCAGGGUUUAUAAAAAGCCCGGUGAGGAUGAAUUUGAUAUCUGACUGGUUAAAGAAAAUCUCAUUGCUAAUAUAGUUUAAGUUACAUUGGCCAUCACUACUGAGUCUGAUGGGCCAGGGCAGAUGAGAUUGACAUGGCAAUACUCAGACAUUUGGAGAAAAAAAAAGACAGCAUGCACAUACAGCACUGGAAGCAGUGCAGCCGACAUAAACGCUCGGAAAUUAAGAGAAUAAGAAGAGCAUAAAAGGAAGGAAACUUCAAAGUCAGUCUUUGGUUUUUCAUGGUUUUUUUUUUUUUUUGUCAUGUCAACAUGGCGGGGAACCGGUGAGGCCAAAGAGGGAAAAAGGUGAUGAUGACCAUAGAUUUAGAAAUAGAAAAUAGUGCAAGGGCUUGCUGUUCAGUGCAUCCCAAUUAUAACACCUACUCAUUUCAAUUUCUGGAGCCUACCUCAGCUGUCUGAAAUGAAACGACAAAAGUAAAAAUGAAAAAUAAAAUAAAUUAAACUAAAUCUAACCAUUAUUAAAAAUCACUCAAUAUUAUAACCCUGCUUGGAAGUUGAAAAAAAAGAAAGAAAUGAUGGAAUGGAACUUCUUUGACGAAGGCUUGGGUCAGAAAUAGAUGCCUGUGGGGACAAUAUCAAUAAGCCCCUUUUGUUAUAUUUAAUCAUCUGUACAUAUAUGGAAACCAAACAAUUCCACCAGCAAAUUCCAGAACAUGAGAAGCAUUGAAAUUGUGGUCCCUUUAAUUUGGGCCUAAUCUCCACCAUACUAGUAGAGAUUAGGCAACCACCACACUAGAGCUCUUUAGCCCCUCAUGUGAGUCGUAACUAAUGUGUUUGUUUACUAAAGCAUCCCAUUCAAAAGACAAAGAGGAUGUCUUCUGCCAAGUCCUACGGAAUACUCUAUCUGCAUAGUUGCAUAAUAUGGGCCUCUGUUUCCACAUGCACCUUUGCAGCCCAAAAAGAUGUUCUGAUUAACGGGAAAUCAAAUCAGGAAGGAACCUCAUGCACAGCUUUUGAAGAAGGUCACUACUAAACGGAAUUUCAUGAAAUUCUGUGUAGAUGGGACAAAAACAAUCCAGCUGCUUAUGGUGUAGCAUUUCAACAAGAGGUUGGUGUGUUUCUCUGCAGUUUGCAGCAGCGCCACCAUGUUGCCAUGGAGCCACAUGGCACAGGAGGGAGGGUUCCAAUCUGGCCACAAAAGAAGAGGAGCAAACAGGGGAAUGUGUGCAGGGAUGCAAACUACUAAAUUUGAAGCUUGGAUUUGUUGGAAGGUGAAGCCCACACAAAAUAAGCAUUCAGUUGAGCUCUACAAUGAAUGUGAUGGACGUCUCCAAUGAGGGGAACAUGUCUGCCAAUGGGACCAUGAACAUUCUGAACAUAUCCCCACCCCUCAACAAUGCCAUCAACACCUUCACCGUCAUUAUCCUCUUCAUCACCAUGAUAUCCCUCGGGUGCACCAUGGAGAUGUCCAAAAUCAAGAGCCAUCUGCUCAAGCCCAAGGGAGUGGCCAUCGCCAUGGCGACCCAGUUCGGCAUUAUGCCCUUGACUGCGUUUACACUUGCCAAAUCACUGAAGAUGGAUUCAGUGAAGGCGGUGACUGUGCUCAUAUGCGGCUGCUGUCCUGGAGGAAAUCUAUCCAAUAUCUUCACCUUGGCACUAAAGGGUGACAUGAAUCUCAGUAUUGUGAUGACCACAUGCUCCUGCAUUGCAGCAUUGGGUUUGAUGCCCCUGCUGCUUUUGAUCUACUGUCAAGGUUUCAGCGGCCUGGAGAACGCAGUCCCUUACAUGGGCAUCCUCAGCGCUCUCACCUUCACCUUGGUGCCCUGUGGCGUGGGCAUCUUGCUCAAUCACUACAAACCAAAAUAUACACCGGUGGUCCUGAAAUCUGGACUGAGCAUUCUGAUCAUCUCCGGCAUCAUUGUGUUCUCUUUGUCUGGUGUGGCCGUCAAAGACAUGCUGUGGGUGAUCCUGACCGCCGAUGUUAUUGCCGUGGCGGCUCUGAUGCCCCUCAUAGGCUUCACGCUGGGAUAUGUCAUGUCCACCAUAUGCAGACUCAGCUCAAAAUGCAGCAGGACCGUCUCUGUGGAAACAGGCUGUCAGAACAUCCAGCUGUGUCUGGCUAUCUUGAAGGUGGCCUUCCCUCCAGAGGUCAUCGGGCCCAUGUUCCUCUUCCCUUUGCUUUACUACACAUUCCAGUGCGCCGAGGCUCUUCUCCUGACCCUAUGCUUCAGAUGUUACCAAAUGGUCAAGUCGCCAGCUGAGGAAACAAGAAUAUACACGAAUGUCAACGUCAAACAAGAAGAGGUGAAACCGCCUCAGUGUCUGAGAAGCAUGGAGGAAAAUAACCAAACAUGAGAAACGCAUGGACUUCACUUUGGAUCACAAUAAAGAACAAAGAAUCUGGAAAGUAUUUACUUCA